AUGCCGGAUUCUUCAGCUGGCCCGGAUCUGCUCUGGCGCCGGAAGAAGAAGUUGACCAGUGAGGGGGAAGAUGGGGCUGCCCGCAGAGGUCCUGGGUCUAGGGGCCCUCCGAAGUCUCAGCUAAACUCUUUCAACAAGGAGCCAUCUGUGAUUAUCUCAGUUUAUCGUGUAUAUAUUUUAACACUGAUCAUCUACCUGGACCUCAUCAGCCAUGAUGAGAUGUUCUCUGACAUUUACAAGAUCCGGGAGAUCACAAAUGGGCUGUGCCUGAAGGUGGAGGGGAAGAUGGUCAGUAGGACAGAGGGUACCAUUGAUGAUUCACUCAUUGGUGGAAAUGCCUCUGCUGAAGGUCCUGAGGGUAAAGGAACAGAUGCCACUGUAAUCACUGGAGUUGACAUAGUAAUAAACCAUCAUCUGCAAGAAACUAGUUUCACAAAAGAAUCCUACAAAAAGUACAUCAAAGACUACAUGAAAUCAAUCAAAGGCAGACUUGAAAAGCACAAGCCAGAUAGAUUAAAACCUUUUAUGACCGGAGCUGCAGAACAAAUCAAACACAUCCUUGCCAGUUUUAAAAACGAUCAGUUCUUCAUAGGUGAAAACAUGAAUCCAGAUGGUAUGGUGGCUCUCUUGGACUUCCGUGAGGAUGGUGUGACCCCAUAUGUGAUUUUCUUCAGCUGA